CAUGAGCGUUUAAUAAUGUUUUGCAGCGCUCGUGCAAAAUGAUGUUCUAAUUACAGUAGCAUUUCCAUAAGUCGGCCAGAAGAAAUCAUUUCUGAAUAGGAAGACGCAUCAUGGGUUGUUUGUGUUUUGGGAUUCACCCAGCAUGCGUUUUACUGUUGUGUUUGUUUGGACGGACGAACGCUGAGUCUUGUUCGUAUAAUUUCGACGUCUGGUAUCCGGAUCGGGAUAUUUUAAAUGAACUUAAACUUGUCGAUUUGAAAAUUUCAAAUUUGAGUUCGUAUGUAGAUUUGGAAAUUUUGAGACUUAAACAUGCAGAUUUACAGGAACUAAAGUGUUUGCAGAACAAAACACAUCAACUGGAGCUGGAAUUAAUUAAAUCAAAACUAAAAGAAUUCAAAGGAAAAUCUACUGAAAAUGAUUUAAAACAAUUUGAGGAGUUACGGUUGCAAGUAAAUGAUCUGACUCAGCGCUUGGUUCAAUUAGAAAACAGAAUGUCUAAGAGAGCAAACAGGAAGUCAAGAUUGAAGCAAGAGAGGGCGCUCGAAGAUAGUGGUCACGUGACAAUAAACACACUUAGAACAUCUGUCAGCGAUUUAAAAUCCGAAUGGAUUAUGAUAAAAAGGGACAUAUUCGAUAUUCACAAAGAUAUCGCAUAUCUGAAACGGGAUCACAAUGAUGUUACCAAUUUGACCAAGCAUUUACAAGGUUCCACGGAAGCGUUAAAGAAAACGGUGGAUAAUUUCAAAACCUCGCUAGACCAUAAUUCCCAAACAGUCAGAAUUCUAAAUUCAAAUUUUGAUACUCUCAAACAAAUCGUAUCUACCAAAGAUGAAAACCAACUAAGAACUGAACUGAACAGGAUGUCAAUGAAAGUCAGUGACAUUGAGGGAAAAAUUGAUGCUUUUGAAUUGAACGCAAGUUCCCUGGAAAAGACAGUAGAGACAAUUGUGUCGACACGGUCGACUGAAAAUAGCAGGGGCAUUCACAUUAAAACUCCGGGAACCAAUUAUACAUUUCCGACAGAUUGUGACGAUGUUCUGACUUCUGGUCAUUCUGCAAACGGUGUAUACAGAAUACAACCUCUUGGAUCUAUGGACCCUUUCAAUGUUUACUGCGAUUUUUCCGAUGGAAAUCUUCUCGUGAUACAAAGACGUGAGGACGGGCUUCAGAAAUUCGACAGAAGCUGGUUAGAGUACAAAUUUGGAUUUGGUAGUCUCUAUGGUGACUUUUGGCUUGGAAACGAAGCAAUUCAUUUAAUUACCGAACAAAGGAAAUACGGAUUGUUGAUUACUUUACAGGACUGGGAAGGACAGUCCGGAUGGGCCGAUUACUCUACUUUUAAGGUGGAUGAUCACAAACACCAAUACACACUUCGUGUUUCCGGAUAUACCGGAAAUGCAGGGGAUUCCAUGAGUUACCACAAUGGAAUGAAGUUUAGUACCGAGGACACUGAUAACGAUUUGAACAUGCGCAAUUGUGCCGCGGAAAACAAGGCUGGAUGGUGGUUCGAUUCCUGCUACAUAAGUAAUCUUAAUGGAGUUUAUCACAAAGGCUGGUACACACAUGCGCAAACUACAAGCAGCGAUGGAAUCGUGUGGUUUACAUGGAAAGAUUCGGAACAGUAUUCACUAAAAAAGGUAGAAAUGAAACUGAGGCGUGUUUGAAUCGGAUGGAUUUAGAACUCUUUCAUUGCAUGCUUAAACAAAUUGAAGUAUCUUAAUGGAAUAUUUGUGAUGUUGACAUCGACAUUAAUUUACUGUACAGUUAUGUAUCGAUCGGAGGCGGGAUAUGAUGUUAAUAUACGGGUAGCCAAUAAUAUUCUUGCAUGCAUAUUUCAUGCAUGCUGGAGAACAAAAACUGCUGUACUGGAUACAUAAUCUAUUUAUAGGAUUGUGAUGAAUGUGUCAUUGGAAUAAAAAUAUUAGUCGUAGACAAA